AUGUCUUCACCAGUCGUUCUCGUUGUUGGCGCAGGGCCUGCUGGCUUAGUUGCUGCGUUGUCUUUGACGCAAAAUGGCAUCCCUGUCCGCAUCAUCGAUAAGGAUGAGAAUUUUCACACCGGGUCGCGAGGAUUCGGUAUGCAGCCACGGACAUUCGAACUCUUCGAAACCAUGGGUGUCUAUGACGACAUAAAGCACUUUGCGGUUCCAAUCCCAACGAUGCGAGCCUACAAAUUGCCGGGUGGAACUGUGCCAGUCAAGACAUGGGAUCUGUAUGAGAAGGGUGAGGUUUGGCCCGAUCGCCCCUUUGCAAAUGGGGCUUGUGUCAGCCAAGACAGCCUUGAAAGUGUCCUCCGCCAGCAUCUAUCCCAACAUAGAAUAUCAGUCGAGCUUGGCAGGGGUCUGACUGCGUUAGAGCAAAAUGAUGACGCCGUCGUUGCUUCUGUGACCACAUUCAAAGAUGGACAACCAACGGGAGAGGUCGAGAAAGUAUCCGUUAAAUAUUUGAUCGGGUCGGAUGGCGCCAAAGGUAUUUUUGAGAAACUGUUGAACCUCACAUUCCAGGGUGAAACUAGGGACGCCGAUGGCAUGGUCUGGGGAGAUGUUCAGAUCAAAGGCUUGCCGACCGACUACUGGCACAUUUGGGGGAAACCAGGGCACUACACGAUCAUGGCACGCCCGCUAAACCCGUCCGGCGACAGAUUUGGCGUCGGAAUUACUGGGCAGAACUUCGAUCCGGUUGACCUCGCUGACCCUGCCAAAGCGAUCGAGUUUAUUCACAACGAAACUGGACGCACCGAUCUUGAAUUCGGCGAGUUCACAUGGAUUUCCCACUUCAAGCCGAACAUGCGCAUGGUCAACAAAUUUCAAGAGGGACGAGCAUUUGUUGUUGGAGAUUCCGCUCACGUUCAUUCUCCAACUGGUGGACAAGGAAUGAAUUGCAGCGUUCAAGACGCGUCCAAUUUAGCUUGGAAGCUAGCCCUUGUUCUUAAGGGGUUCGCCGCAACCUCCCUCUUGAACACGUACAACGAGGAGCGCCUCCCUGUCAUCACUCAGAUGCUUCAUGCCACAACGAAGCUGUACACUCACACCGUCGCCAAAGAAAAGGCUAUGGAACCCACUGAAAAAGACAGUACCGACGAAGACAAACAAUCCGGUUGGUUCAGGUGGCGCAACAGUGCCUUGGAGAUGUACGGCAUCAACUACCGUUUCAGUAGCAUCGUGCUCGAGGAGCGCGACACUCGCCCAAGAGAUGCCGAGGACGUUCUUGCCCACGCUUACUCAGGCUACGAGGGACGCGGCUCUUUGUGUGCCGGGGAUCGUGCCCCUGAGGCCCCAAAGCUUCUCACCAGUGAUGGUGAGGUCUCCGUGUUCAAGUUGUUGAAGCCAACUGUGCACACCGUGCUGGUUUUCGCCAAGGAGGGAGACUUGGGCGUCACAGCUGCCUUGGCAAAUGUCCCUCCGUCCGUCGUACAAAUUUUCCUCGUCGCCGAAAGCCAAAUUCCAGCCGUUCCGGGUGCCCGGACCUUGAUCGACUCCGAAGGCCACGCUCGCAAGUCAUAUAUGGUGGACGAAGGUGGUUCGCUUAUCAUCGUCAUUCGACCUGACACCUUCAUCGGUGGAAUUGUUAAACACGCAUCGGGUGUUCGUGAAUAUUUUUCAAAGAUUAUUGUCGUUUGA